AUGAAUAAUUAAGGAAAAACCCAUAAAAUACAUUUAUUUUAAUCGCAAAAAGUAAUUGAAAUAUUAAUUUACAUAGGCUAUACAUUAAACGAAGUAAAGUAAUUCUAAUAGGCUAUUGAGUUAUGCGAAUAGGUUUUAAGAGAGGAUCCUUAACAUCUUCAUGCUUUAUAUACAAAAAGUAAUCAUUUAUAUUAAAAAAUAGGCUUUUCUUUAGAUGAAUUGAAACAGCAUUCAUAAGCAAUUGUGUUUAUUGAUGUAGCUCUAAAAUUGAAUCCAUAGUAUAUUAUUGGUUAUUUUAAUAAAGGUUUAAAAUAUCUUGAUUUAUUAGGAAGAACCUUACUUUUUCUAAAGUAAUAUAGCGAUGCAAUUGUCUGCUAUGAUAAAGCAAUCCAAUUAGAUUCCACUUAUGCAAUGGCCUAUAUGAAUAAAGGUUUGCAAUUUUUUAAUUGUAUUAGGCGUAGCUUUACAUAAUCUUAAAUAAUAUGACGAUGCAAUGGCUUAAUAUGAUAAAGUAAUCCAACUAGAUCCCACUUUCGCAAUGGUCUAUAUGAAUAAAGGUUUGCAUUUUUUUGAUUAUAUUAGGUUUAGCCUUAGAUAAACUUAAAUAAUAUAACGAUGCCAUGGCUCACUACGAUAAAGCAAUCCAACUAGAUCCCUCUCAUGCAAAGGCCUAUUUGAAUAAAGGUUUGCAAUUUUUUUGAUUUUUUUAGGUUUAGCCUUACUAAAUUUUCUUCAGAAAUAUAACGAUGCAAUUGUUUACUAUGAUAAAGCAAUCCAACUAGAUCCCACCUAUGCAAAGGCCUAUAAAAAAAAAGGUUUGCAAAAUUUUUGAUUGUAUUAGGGGAUGUAUUAAAAAUAAUCAAGAAUUACUCUUUAGCUUUAAAGAAUUAUGAACAGGCAAUCUUAAACUGUCAAUCAGAUUAGGAGGAAUUUAAACGUUUAAUUGUGGAAUUAAAAAAUCAAAAAUGA